CUUUACAAUAAAACUGGUGAAAAGCUACUGACAAUCUCGCUAAACCCUUUAUCGGACUGUUCCCCGACUAUAAACCUGCAUAUCACUGAGUGGGCCCCUCUGUUGAUGACAUUCCAAACUGUCACUCAGAUGCUUCCAUGACCAGGGUUGAAAGCCUGAACUGAAACUUCACUUGUAUAUGUAACCCCCCCUGGUUUAAACCUACACAAACCAACCUUGAGGGGGUUGCUAUUUGGAGCCAAAUAUGUUCCAUCUGAUCAAGAAAGACAAGGACAAGGAUGAGAGGAAGAAGGACAAAAAGGACAAAAAGGAAAGGAUGUCCCAGGCAGAGUUGAAUAGCCUGGAGGAAAUGAGCCAGAGGCGGGGCUUCUUCAACCUCCAUCGAGGAGGCUCGAAGAGGGACAACAAAGGCAAGCUGGAGAUCUCCAGCCCCAUCCCUAUCAAGGUGGCCAGCAAUACAGAGCUCAGCCUUACUGAUCUAGAUGCUGAUCGCUUCAGCAACCAUGGCAGCAUGGUCCUGGAUUUGGGCCAGAUGAGUGCCGCCAGCUCCAGUGAUGACAUCAAGGGGGAGUGGGGACAGGAUCCCCAUCACUCCUCUGUUAAGGAGCGAGCGGCCAAGUUCGGCGGCCUGGCCAAGCAGAACUCCCAGGUGGGCCAGGUCAUGAAGCGCUUCUCCUCCCAGAAGAACAAAGAGGAGAGUGCCUCAGAGGCCUUCACACCAAGCUCAACGCAACCAUCUCCCCAGAUAGAGAACAAGGUGUUUGACCACCACAGACAUGGCUCCCAUCUGCAUCUCCAGGGCCACGGCAGGGCUGGUAAGAGGGUUCAUAUCCCAGAGGUGGUGGAGAAGACCUUCCCAGCAGACCUGCGGCUGCCUGGCGUCUUGGCACCGCCCAUGCCUGAGCCCAGGGAACUGGAGCUGCAGCGCCGCAACACAGGAGACUUUGGCUUCUCCUUGCGCCGCACAACCAUGUUGGACCAGCGGCCUGAUGGGGGGGUCUACCGCCGCGUGGUUCACUUCGCUGAGCCUGGAGCCGGGACCAAGGACCUGGCACUGGGUCUGGUGCCUGGAGACAGGUUGGUGGAGAUCAAUGGGCACAACGUGGAGAAUAAGAACCGGGACGAGAUUGUGGAGAAGAUCCGUCAGUCUGGGGACUCUGUGAGGCUGAAGGUUCAGCCCAUCGUGGAGCUGAGUGAGCUGAGCCGCUGCUGGCUGAGGAACCGCAGGGAGGCCUACAAUGUGAAGACUGAGGAGCAGAUAGCUGCUGAGAAGGCCUGGUACGGGACCGAGAAAGUAUGGCUGGUUCACAAGGAUGGAUUCUCCUUGGCGACCCUGUUGAAGACGGAGCCAGGCAGUCUGCCAGAGGGGAAAGUCAAGAUCAGACUGGAGAGCGACGGCUCGUUGCUGGAUGUGGAUGAGGAUGAUGUGGAGAAGGCAAACCCUCUAUCGUUUGACCGUGUGGAGGACCUGUCCUCGCUGCAGUACCUCAAUGAGUCCAGUGUGAUGCACUCCCUGCGCCAGCGCUACGGGGGCAACCUCAUCCACACCCAUGCUGGGCCCAACAUGGUGGUCAUCAACCCCAUCAGCGCUCCCUCCAUGUACUCUGAGAAGGUGAUGCACAUGUUUAAGGGGUGCAGGAGGGAGGACACAGCGCCUCACAUCUAUGGCGUGGCCCAGUCAGCCUAUAGGAACCUGUUGACCACGCGUCAGGACCAGUCCAUUGUGCUACUGGGGCAGAGCGGCAGCGGCAAGACCACCAACUGUCAACACCUGGUCCAAUACCUGGUCACCAUCGCUGGUAGCACUGGCAAGACCUUCUCUGCGGAGAAGUGGCAGGCAGUCUACACAAUCCUGGAGGCCUUUGGGAACAGCUCCACCUCCAUGAACGAAAAUGCCAGUCGCUUCUCUCACAUCGUGUCCCUGGAUGUUGACCAGGCUGGCCAGGUGGCCUCGGCCUCCAUUCAGACCAUGCUGCUAGAGAAGCUAAGAGUGACCAGGCGGCCAGAGGGAGAGUCCACCUUCAACGUCUUCUACUACAUGAUGGCUGGAGCUGACAGCUCUCUCAAGACUAAGCUGCACUUCAACCACUUUGCUGAAAACAGUGCUUUUGGAAUCGUGCCUCAACCCAAGUCUGAGGACAAGCAGCGGGCCUCCCAGCAGUUCACCAAGCUGCAGGCAGCCAUGAAGGUCCUGGGCAUCAGUGGGGAGGAACAGAGGGCCUUCUGGCUGGUCCUGGGGGCCAUCUACCACCUAGGGGCUGCAGGGGCCACCAAGGACACAGACAAAGCCGGUAGGAAACAAUUUGCACGUCAUGAGUGGGCGCAGAAGGCUGCCUACCUGCUGGGCUGCACUCUAGAAGAGCUCUCCUCCUCCAUCUUCAAGCACCAGGCCAAGGGCACCCUGCCCAGAGCCAGCUCUAUACGUCAGGGGACAGACGAUGCACCAGGAGACUCCUCAGGUUCCAAGGCCACAGCCAUGGAGUGUUUAGAAGCCAUGGCAUCUGGGCUGUACUCAGAGAUCUUCACCCUCCUCGUCUCCCUCAUCAACCGUGCUCUGAAGACCAGCCAGCACUCUCUGUGCUCCCUGCUCAUCGUGGACACCCCGGGCUUUCAGAACCCUCGCCUGGCCAAGCGGGAGCGCGGAGCCACCUUUGAAGAACUCUGCCAUAACUACACCCAGGAGCGCCUGCAGACGCUGUUCUAUCAGCGCACCUUUGUACAGGAGCUAGAGAGAUACAAAGAGGAGAACAUAGAGCUUGCAUUAGAUGACAUGGAGCCCAGAACAUCUCUGUCUGUAGCUGCAGUAGACCAAGCGUCAAGUCAAGCACUGCGGAGGACUGAUGAGGCGCGGGGCCUGUUGUGGCUGAUGGAGGAGGAGGCUCUGCAGCCUGGGGGUUCAGAGGAUACUCUACUGGGACGCCUCUUCAGCUACUAUGGCCCUGCCAAGGGAGAGCGCAAAGAUCACACCUUGCUGCUGAAGAGUGGGAAGCCACAUCACUUCCUGUUGGGCCACAGUCAUGGGACAGACUGGGUGGAGUAUGACGCCCGUGGUUGGCUGAGCCAUGCCAAACAGAACCCUGCCUCUACCAACGCAGGGAGUCUCCUGCAGGACUCCCACAAGAAGAACAUCAGUGGUCUUUUUAUGAGCCGAGGAGGCGGGGCCACCAUCCUGCCAGGCUCCAUCGCGGGCAUGGAGGGUGUUUCACAGCUGACCUUGCGGCGCGCCACCAGCAUGAGGAAGACCUUCACCACUGGGGUGGCGGCAGUCAAGAAGAAGUCCCACUGCAUCCAGAUCAAACUACAAGUGGACGCUCUGCUGGACACUGUGCGGAGGUCCAGGGUUCACUUUAUCCACUGCCUGCUGCCCAAUUCUGAUGCCCUGCGGGUGGGCAGAGCGGAGUUGGAGGCCCAGGGGGAGAGUGGAGACUCUGGCCUGAUGCAGCUGGAUGUGGCCCUGCUCCGGACCCAGCUCCGCGGCUCCAAGCUGCUGGACGCCCUCAGAAUCUACAGACAAGGAUACCCUGAUCACAUGGUCUUCUCCGAGUUCCGCCGCCGCUUCAACGUGCUGGCACCACACCUGAACAAGAAACUUGGCCGCAACUACAUGGUGAAGGAUGAGAAGAGGGCUGUGGAGGAGCUGCUGGAGUCCCUGGACCUGGAGAAGAACAGCUAUCACAUGGGACUGAGCAGGUUGUUCUUCAGAGCGGGGACCUUGGUGAAACUGGAGGAGCAGAGGGAGGAGCAGACCAGACGCAACAUCACCCUGUUCCAAGCAGCCUGCAGUGGAUACCUGGCCAGACAGGCCUUCAGGAAGAGGAAGACCCAUGACCUGGCCAUCCGCUGCAUCCAGAAGAACAUCACAAAGAACAAAGGAGUGAAGGGCUGGCCCUGGUGGAAGCUGUUUACCACCGUACGGCCCCUCAUUGAGGUGCAGCUCACAGAGGAACAGAUCCGAGGAAAAGACGAGGAGAUCCAGCAUCUAAAGGGGAAGCUGGAGAAGACUGAGAAAGAGAGAAACGAACUGAGACUGAACAGUGAUCGACUGGAGAGCAGGAUCUCAGAGUUGUCAGCGGAGCUUGCAGACGAGAGGAACACUGGAGAGUCGGAUUCCCAGCUGCUGGAGACCGAGACGUCUGAGAGACUGAAACUGGAGAAAGACAUAAAGGACCUACAGGCUAUGUUUGACUUGAUGAAGAAGCAGAUGGAGUGUAUGGAGAUAGAGGUGAUAGAGGCUCGUCUCAUCAGAACAGCAGAGCUCAACGGGGACGUGGACGAUGAUGACGAUUCAGGAGGAGAGUGGCGUCUGAAGUACGACCGAGCCAUCCGGGAGACUGAGUUCACCAAGAAGAGACUUCAGCGGGAUUUUGAAGACAAGCUGGAGACGGAGCAGCAGAGUAAAAGAACUCUGGAGAGGAGGCUGACGGACCUGCAGGCGGACAACGAUGAGGUGCAGCGCUCUGUGCAGCAGCUGAAGAAGAAGUGUAGCAGACUGACGGCUGAGCUGCAGGACACCAAGCUGCACCUGGAGGGCCAGCAGAGCCGCAACCACGACCUGGAGAAGAAACAGAGGAAGUUUGACUUGGAGCAGAGCCAGUCCCAGGACGAAGUGCUGAGCGAGAGGACACAGAGAGAGAAGCUGGGCCGGGAGAGAGACAUGAUGACCGGGGAACUGUUCAGUCUGCGCCAGCAGCUGCAGGACAAGGACAUGGACCUGUGUGCCGUCCAGCUGAAGGUGGAGCAUCUGGAGGUGGAGCUACAGGACCUGUCCUCCCAGGAGUCCAAGGACGAUGCGUCGCUGUCCAAGACCAAGAAGACGCUCCGCGACCUGGAGGCCAAGGUCAACGACCAGGAGGAGGAGCUGGACGAACAGGCUGGGACCAUCCAGAUGCUGGAGCAGGCCAAGCUGCGUCUGGAGAUGGAGAUGGUGAGUCUGAGGCAGACCCACUCCAAAGACAUCGAUGGCAAGGAUGAGGAGGUGGAGGAGAUCAGGCAGUCCUGCAGUAAGAAGCUGAAGCAGAUGGAGGUACAGCUGGAGGAGGAGUAUGAUGACAAGCAAAAAGUCCUGCGUGAGAGGAGAGCGCUGGAGGCCAAGCUACUGUCUGCCCAGGACCAGGUGGGCUGCAGGGACGUGGAGACAGAGAAGAGGCUGAGGAAGGACCUGAAACACACCAAAGUGCUGCUGGCUGACACCCAGAUCAUGCUGGACCACCUGAAGAACAACGCCCCCAGCAAGAGAGAGACCGCCCAGCUCAAAAACCAGCUGGAGGAGUCCGAGUUCACAUGUGCGGCGGCGGUGAAGUCUCGUAAGGGCAUGGAGAUGGAGAUCGAGGACCUGCACAUCCAGAUGGAGGAUGUGGUCAAAGUCAAGAUGUCGCUUGAGGAGCAGGUGUCACGUCUGCAGAGGGAGAAGAACGACCUGCAGUCUCGUAUGGAGGAGGACCAGGAGGACAUGAACGAGCUGAUGAAGAAACACAAGGCUGCCGCCUCCCAGUCUGCCAGAGACCUGGCCCAGAUCAGUGACCUGCAGGCCCAGCUGGAGGAAGCCAUGAAAGAGAAGCAGGAGAUCCAGGACAAGAUGCAAUCCCUGCAUAGCCAGCUGGAGUUCCAGGAGCAGUCAAUGGUGGAGAAGUCCCUGGUAAGCAGGCAGGAGGCCAAGAUCCGCGAGCUGGAGACCAAGUUAGAGUACGAGAGGACCCAGAUCAAACGCCUGGAGAGCCUGACGGGCCGUCUUAAGGAGAACCUGGAGAAGAUGACAGAGGAGAGAGACCACCGCGGGAACGGCGAGAACAGGGAGAAGGAGCAGAACAAACGCAUGCAGAGACAGAUGAGGGACAUCAAAGAGGAGAUGGCUGAGCUGUCCAAGAAGGAGGCUGAGGCCAGCCGCAAGAAGCACGAGCUGGACAUGGACAUAGAGAGUCUGGAAGCAGCCAAUCAGAGCCUGCAGGCGGACCUCAAACUGGCCUUCAAGAGGAUCGGAGACCUGCAAGCUGCCAUCGAGGACGAGAUGGUCAACAGCGACGGAGAAGAUGACCUCAUAAACAAUUUACAAGGCAUGGUGACAAAGUAUCAGAAACGAAAGAACAAAACUGGUGACGAGUCGGACACGGACUCAGAGGUGGAGGACCGUGUGGACGGUGUCAAGUCCUGGCUGUCCAAGAAUAAGGGCUCCACCAAGACCCUUUCAGAAGAGCGCAGUUUGAAGAGCUCCAGCCCUCCUCUGUACCGGAGACACCUCAGUGAAGAGGAUGAGAAGGAGCGGGGUUCCAGCAGACAGUCCCUGAAGGAAUGUGACAGUGAUGCAAAGCUGGCAGAGUCCACAUCGUAACAGAGACUAAUGCUACAUCUCUCGUUUCCACCACCAUCCUACACGAACACACCAGAGACUGAUAUACCAUCCUUUAUAUACUCAUAAUACCCCUCCCCCAUACAUCCUCAUAUGAACAUCAGUGAGCAAUGCUAGCUAGCACCAGAGGCAAGGGCAGGGAAAAGUUAGAGUGCACAUACAACUCAUCGUGGUUCUAUUGAAAUAAAACGUGGUAUAGCCAUUUUCGCUUGCUACUAAGAGCUUUGAAAAUAACAAUCUCUCACAACAUCUCUCACAACAUAUUGUCCACCUCAGCUCUACAGCCUUGAAGUGAUAUAAAUAGAGCUUAGCACCACUGACAUAUUUUAAGAGCUAUCUGUAGAGUUUAUCACCACUGGCUUAUUUAAGAUAACUGCUUUUCAUAGGCUAACUUCAAGAUACAUUCUCAAACUUUUGUAUAAUGUGGUGCUCACGAGCCAAUAGUGGUCCCUGUUUUUUGGGUAGUACGUCAUCAUGUGAUAUGUUACGAAUUUUGCAAUUUGUGUGAUACGUUACGAAUCCAAUUCGUGCAAUAUGUUAUGAAUUUGGAUCCCGGAGUGCAUCUUUAAGCUCCUGUUGUCAUCUCUGUUUGAGGGCUGGAGAGCUUGUGGUUUAUUCAAAGAACUGUAGCAGGCUGUCUCCCCUACAACCUGACUUCUCACUGCAGGUCCAUACGCCUGACACUCCAGCAUAUCUUCCUUACCACUUAGAAAUGCAUUUGUCUCCUCUACACGUGUUUGGACUGUAGCUGCUCUUGUGCUUCAAGGAAUAUUUAGCCAAUAUCAGUGUAUAGAAGAAAGAAAGACACUCAAGUAUUUAUCUUGCUUCAAUACUGUUUAGAUUUUUUAUGGUUCUUAGAGAAUGGGAGGGAGAGCUGCUGUGAGGGGAUUGUGCUUUAUGUCACAUGCAUUGGAUCUGGUACAUUUGCAUACAGUAGUUGAUGCUGUAAUGGUUUUGGUCUGGCUCGUUUGAAGCUCAGCCAUGCAUUUGUCUCCUCGUGUCAUGUCUGUUGGUUUUCAAAGGGAAUGCAUUUACUAUCUGCUAUGACAGGGUCAUUCUAGGGAUCUUGUUCUCUUUCCUUAGUUAUCAAGAUAUACAUGCACUGGAUAUCAGGGGAAAUAAUUGGUUUUAUGAGGCAAAUUGCCCUAAGUGCUAUAAGCUCCCUGUCCCUCACUGGGAAAAAAGCAUGUUUGCAACAGAAGUUCUGAUAUAAUCCCAUGAUGAAUUUUCUCAUGUAGGAUAAACCUGUGUCGUUCCACUAAUUGGUUGCCUUUUGAGUAGUGUAACACCUAAUUUUAACAUUCUGUCAUAAAGAGCACAUGCACCUUCAUAAACAACAUGUCAAGAGGGUAAAUGAAAAGAAAUGACUAGUAAGUGACUAAGUGCCAAAUUAAAGUAAAAGGGUUGACAAUUUAAUGUUAAAACAGCCUUUGUGACAGGAGGAAUGGACGUUUGUUGUGUGCAACAGGGAGGGGCAAUUGAAAGUAAGCUUCACAAAAAAAGUAUAAUUGUUAAAUGUCUAGCCUGUCUACCGGUAACAGAGUUGACAUGUUAUGUUCAACCCGUUCACUUUUCCACCACAAAACACCAGAACAUGGCCAAAAAGAGUAGAACCAGCUCACCUGCUUUUACACUAUGGUUUGACUAUUAGGUGUUCAAUGUUUCUUUAGAAGAAAAUAUAAGAAAAUGAAUAGUUUCACCACAUUAAAAUGAGAGUUCAGUUCACAUAGCAGGGUUGACUUUAAAGGAGACAUAUUGUUCUUUUUUACAACCAGAUCUUUAUUUUUGAUUGUAAAUGGCAUGUUAUAGACAGGUCCAGACACCUUUUUGUGAUUUCACAUGUUUUUGAGAAACUUACCCCAAACAGCAAAUCACUUUCUCAUCCUCGUUGUGUAGUAGGUGGGCCCACAAAACACAUAAACAAAGGCUCCAAAAAUACCCAAAUAAGUCAUUUUCGAAUCCGCAAUGAUCUAUUCCAUUUUGUUGUGACUCGAGCGAUACCGCUCGGUACCUUCUACAAAAUAAAGGAAACACGUGAGUAAAUGAGUGAUACAAAGUAUAUAGUCUAUUGAAAGCAUGGGGUGCUUCCACACAGGAAGUUCCAGCCACUUGUAGAAUCUAUGCCAAGGCGCAUUUAAGCUUUUCAGGCAGCUCGUGGUUGCCCAACGCCCUAUUAAGACACUUUUUAUAUUGGUGUUUUCUUUCUUUUGGCAGUUACCUGUAGCAUCAGGCUACACAGAGAAUGGAACCGCUGGAUAGGGGAAAUGGCUUGUCGCACAAAAGGGAAUAUAACAGUGCGGAUAAAGUAAAGAAUGACACAAUUUCAUGUGUACAGCAUCUAAAGACCUGUGUCACUAUACUGAGAGCUUUGUCGUUUCUAAAAGGAUAUAUUUGGGUGUUUUUGGAGCCUUUGUUCAUGUUUUAUAACAUGCCAUGUACAUAGAAAAUAGAGAUUUGGUUGUAAAAAAUAACUUUUAAAAUGAGGGACAGAAAUCACUAAUCACAUGAAAUAAACAAUAUUCUUCAGAAAUGACUUUUUGUCAAAACAACAAAAUAACUAGGGCUUAACAACGAUGGUGAAAAUGUGGAGACAUUUUGGGAUUAAGCGGUCUAAUAUCUCAGAGGGUGCACUGAGGGACAUGUCAAAAUGAUUAAAUUGUUUUUUACAUAUAAAAAUCUGAUUUAUUGAAUUCUCCAUGUUAUCUAUAUUAAAGGGCACUUCAAUUAAUACAACAGGCUUUUAGAAAUGCAAUAUUGGUGUACAAUUUCUACAUAAAAUAUCAAGGAUGCAAAAGGCGCUAAUUUCAUGGAAUGAAUUUGGCCUUACUGAGUGACAAUGCUAUGCUUUAGUUUAAUGUGAACUUAUGAAUUUUCAAUAAUAAAUAUGCAAAUUAUGUAUCUCUAUGUAGUGUGCGCAUGCGUGCGUGCAUGUCCACAAGGGUGUUUUCAUGUGUCCAUGUUUCCAUUGCUCCUGUCUGUUCAUGUGCAUUGGAAGGACAUGUUUAAAGUGUGGGACAGACUAUUUUGCAUAUCUUCUCAGUGGGAGCAUAACUCUGCAUAUCUUUUUCCAUUUCCAGUUUGUCUAUGCAUUAGAUACGAAUAUUAAUAUGGAACACAGGACAAUUUGAUGUCAAUGCUUCUGAGUAGUGAUUUGUUAAAUACAAUUUAUGUUUGCAUCUUAAGAGGCAUUUUUGGCUUUACACACGUAAUAUAUAAAAUGUUUGAAAUGAUUGUAUGAUUUAUCAUAGCUUUUCAAACUGGUUUGUUUAUUUUCAUCAUAUUGAACAAUUUACCACUUGUGAUAGGAAUUAUUUUUUGCUUUAGUUUUAAUGUAAAUAAAUGCAGGUGUUUGUUUUCAGUAACAUUGUGUCUUAUUGCGUGGUGGAAUGGUAAUACGGUUAUAGUUUGGAGCAGAAUUCAUCAUCCUA